AUGGGACGACUUCAUCGAUUUGACAUCGUGCUGAACAACCCGGAAGAAGCUUAUUUUGCUGGACAAGAGAUUUCUGGAAAAGUGGUUCUAGAAAUACUUGAACCAAAGAAAGUCAGCGAAAUUUUGCUGGAAUUGAAAGGCAGAGCCCGAACGUAUUGGACUCAACAUUCAGGUAAAUCGCGGAAGCACGUGUCCCACUCGGAGCCGUACUUUCUGGAACAAUUCAAUACCGCCUACACGCAUAAAUUCUCAGUUUUGAAAAACGAAAAGGAAAAGGAGCGAGUGUUGCCGGCCGGCUUGCAUGAGGUGCCAUUCUCCUACACGUUACCCAAGACGCUGCCUACUUCGUUUGAAGGCGAAUUCGGUUACAUUCGAUACACGUGCAAGGCAAUUUGCGAACGCCCUUGGGAUUUCGACAUUGUUACCCGAAAAGGGUUCACCGUCAUAGGAAUAGAAGACAUCAACUCAGAUCCUCGGUUAAACGAACCGAUUUCGGCUUCUGAGACGAAUCGUACCGUAGCAUUAUGCUGUCAUGCCACUGGAAGUAUCACUGGCGAGUUGAGCUUGGAGAAGACGGGAUUCACAGCCGGAGAAACGAUCAACAUUUCGUAUAGGUCCGUCCGCUUGGCAAAAACCUUUGCUGGUCACGAGCAAGUGAAAACGACAACUCAAGUAAUUUUAAGGAACGGAAAACCGGAGGUGAGCCCCUUGACCAAUGCUGUCCAAAUAGUAAAGGUCAAGAUGGUCUUGCCGUCGCUUCCACCACGGUUAGGCAGGUGCAAAAUCAUCUCUAUCAGCUAUAGCAUAGAUUUGGAGGUUGAUCAGAAUAUAAUAGUUUCUUGCGAUGUGGUAAUUGGAACGAUACCUCUGUUGAGUGAGUUGUUGAACCACACUAAAGCACGGAAUGGCAAGGACAGCUUGAAUUCGAAGAAAGACUUGGCAACUGCCGACAACUGCGUGCAGCUGACGAUCACGGACGAGUCCGGUGAGACGAUCUUCGGUGAGCAGUUGAGUAGUGAAGUGGAUGCGUUGAUGAGUAGCCGGAAGCGUGUUCGAAUGCCGAGCUCGAUCCUCUCUGAACUCUACCCCACCAUGCCAAGUCCUUACUAUAGAGAGUCGUUCUACGGUCCAGUUGACAUUUCUGAUGAGAAGGAGAGCGCUCAGUACGGUGAGAAGAUGUUCACACCGAAGUAUCCCUUCUAUACUGAAUAA